CAACAACAACAACAAAACCACAUGGCUGUAUUUUGGGUGUUUUGUAUUGUUUCAGCGACAUCUCUAACUUUUAUAAUUUUUUUAUUUAAUCAAAAUGAAUUGUGUAGAAUGUAGUGAAUUAUCAAAAUACAAGUGCCCCACUUGUGUUGAACCAUACUGCUCAGUGCCUUGUUGGAAGAAACACAAAUCGAAGCCAUGCGCUGCCCCGCCGCCCGAACCUAAGACUGACCUUCAAGAAGAAUCCAUCACCAGUUAUGAUUUUCCCACAGAAGACACAGUGUCACCAGAGAAAUUAUCAUUAUUAGAUCAAUCAGCAGAUGUAAAGAAAUGUUUAGAGAAUCCACAUGUAAGAACUAUACUAGGUAUUCUAGACAAAUCACCGCACCCAGAUGAACUAAUGCAAGAAUACAUGCUGGAGCCAAUAUUUACAGAAUUUGUUGAUGCUUGCCUAAAGGUUGUCCAACCUCAAGGUGAUAAAGUUGGGUGACAAGCAAGUUAUGUUUAGUAGUUAUAAGAAUUAAAAUGUACUAUUUAUGAUAUUGCCACCAAUUUUAAAUUGUGUCUUAGUGUAUUUUUCAUCAUCAACAUCAGCCAUAUGACGCCCACUGCUAGGCAUAGGCCUCCCCCAGUGUAUUUUUAAUAAAAGAAAAUAAAUAAAUUCAA